AUGACCAUCCCGCGCAUUCCUGUCUUCGACGGCGCAAGACGGAUGCACGUUCGCUUCAACCCGUACAAUGAAUCGAUGACCAUCGAUGGUCCGCCAGCCGACAAGCCCUCUCGACGCCCCAUCGGUCGAUUUCGCCUCCACAAGAGCUAUCACAGCUUUGAGUUCACGCAAAACGACAUCGACUUGCCGUUCGCAUCGAUCGCGGAACUCCAUAUCUGCUUCUCCGAGGACUCCGUCAAGCCGGACGCAGUCGACACCGUCCUCUUCCUCCUCGGACGCAUGCCGGCGCUGACGGACCUCGUCCUCGACUUUUCCGACUGCAAGACUGCGUUCGUCAAGGGCGGCGCGGUCGAUCCGUUCGCGGUCAUCCUCGAGCCCCUCCUAAACGGCUCCGCAGCCCCCGGCCGUACCCUGUACCCCCACAUCAGUAAUUUCCCAAAGUCCUGUGGGGUCCUGGCGGGCCUGACCAGGGUUUCCAGGAACCCAGGGAUUUUGCUCCAGGCGUCCGGGCGUUCAGGCCGUUUCGGGGCGUUUAGGGCCCCAGGCCGGCCAGUUCAGUCAGGGAUUUCAGGAAUCCGGCAGGCAUACAGACGGGUGCGACUCUUCACAACGCUCCUCCACUCGCUCUCCAAGUCCGAGCCGUCGCCCGCGCUGCCAGACCUGAACCCGCUCCCCCAGUGGCUACGCGCUAGUGCGAGUGUGCGGAGGACGGCGAGGGCGACGUACAUGGGGAGCGAUGCGGGGAAGGCCGUGCGCGGGAGCACCCCGGCGUUCGUCCGGGUCGAAAGCACGGAUUUGGUGGGAGCCUCCUCACCUCGUGCACCUCGGACACGAGCAGGUCUCGAACCUGAUGCGGGAUAUGAUUAUAUGGUUGCGGAGGGAGGUGGGCGCGAGCUCAUCGAGGAGGCGGUGUGUCAAGUGGUGGAGAUGGGAGGAGGGUGGAACUUGGAAGACGCUCUGUUCCGCGAGCUCACCACGCAGGCUGCUGCAGGCGACAUCCCUCAAGCGAAGGUUACGCUCUCCGCAUGGCCAGGUAUCGACUAUCAUGAUCUGAACCUCAAGAAUGACAACUCGAAGAUCGUACGUGUUGUCGCUCCCGUUCUCUUCAAUCUUGUCAUACUCACUGGCCGCCCUGAAGACGUGCAUCAUCGACUGGGAGUUCACCACCGCACGCCCGAUUUGGGCGUGCGCGCACGUCUCCGCCUUCCUACAAUCUUCGCCCUUCAACGCAAACUUCUCUUCCGCGCGACCAUCGAGCGCCUCGCCCGCUCCCCUAAUGUGCUCAUGAUCCACGGCCGUCCCGUGCUCAUCCCGCUCGCCGACCUUGCCUGCUUCUGGCUGCACCACGAGGCGACCGGCAUGGCUCGGCGUGAAGGCGGUGCUCGUCCUCGGCCUCAAGUCGCGACCAUCGGGACCACGAACACGGGCGCGAUGGACCGCGUCGACGAGAUCGGGCAAAUCCUGAAAGACUACCCCUUCAUCUGGUUGCACGUCGACGCCGCGUGGGCCGGCAUAUCCUUUGCUUGCCCCGAGUACUGCGAGCAGAGCCAGCUCGCUGCCAUCAACGAGCACGCAAAGUCGUUCUGCACCAAUUUCCACAAGGGCCUCGUCAACUUCGACGCGACCGCACUCUGGGUCUGCCAGCGCCACGACCUGAUCGACGCGCUCGACGUCACCCCCGCGUUCCUACGCACGAAGCAGUAUGAUGCCGUCCACACCCUCGAGAGAGGAGCUGUCGCGCUGGUUGAGCGUCGCCGCCGCCGCCGCCGCCUGAAUCCCUGGAUUCAGGGAUUUUGGAAGUUACUGAUGCACCUCGGCGCGGUGGAGGUCAACUUCGGAUGGAGGUGGCACCGCCUGGGGAAUAGGAUCGCGGCGCAGUGGCUCGAACUGCUGCGCGAGCGCGUUGAGCAGCCCGUAUCCGCUGCCGAUCCUGGAGAGACGUACGGUAAACUGAUUCGAUGCGCGUACUUCCCCGGGGAUGAUGCCGCGUUACCACGCACGGAGGACGGGGAGGCCAGCAUUCGCCGGUACUGGAAAGCCCCGACUAUGAUGACUCCGUGGUACCUUGAGGCGUCCUAG